CGCUGUUCCGUCAGUUGGCCGACCGCUAGCCGUGCUUGGGGCGACGACAAACGCAGUGUCAACCGGCGCACGGAGGAUUUUGUGCAAUAAGUGCGGAUCCAGGCGCCGUCCGCCAUGCCCGGCAAGGGGAACUACGUGGGCCCCCAGGAGGAGACCAUCGUCUGCCUCAAGUACACUAUCUUCGCCUUCAACUUCCUGUCAUGGCUGAUGGGAGCCAUCAUUUUCGCCCUGGGUCUGUGGAUCCGAUUCGAUGAGGACUUCCAGAAGUGGGUGAAGGGCCUGGGCAUGCAGCACUACUGGACCGGCAUCUACAUCCUCAUGUUCAUCGGCCUGAUCGUCAUGGUGGUCAGCUUCUUCGGCUGCUGCGGCGUCAUCACCGAGGCACGCUGGAUGCUCAAGGUUUUUGUGCUGCUUCUGGCCGUCUGCUUCGUUUUCGAGAUGGCCGGUGCCGCCUACACCCUCUCCAAUGGCAUCUAUCACUCCAAGAUAUACCCGUGGCUACAGAACCAGCUGACGGGCAUGGUGGCACGCUACUCCUACGACAAGGAUGCGCGCUGGGUGCUCGACAUGAUUCAGGUAACGUUGCGACUUGGGUUCGAUUCCCGUCGCUGGCAG